UGCUCAUCGCGAGGGCGCCUCCAUUUCAUCGGUUGCGGCCGCUGCCGCUGCCGCCGGCGCAGUUUCUCCACCGGCACCGCCGCGUACGCGGCAGCGUUUCCCUCUGUGGAGGCGGAGCGGGGGUGUCGAGAGAAGGGCGGUUGGGCGCGCGGCCUCCCAUGGAGGGGGGCGCCGGCAAGCGCGGCGUCGCUGGGACCUUCUCCAGGCUCCGGGAGCAGGGCAAGACUGCAUUCAUUCCAUUCAUCACAGCCGGUGACCCUGACUUGGCAACCACAUCGAAAGCGUUGAAGAUCCUAGAUUCAUGCGGUUCAGAUGUGAUUGAGGUCGGUGUACCUUACUCGGAUCCAUUGGCUGAUGGACCGGUUAUUCAGGCUGCGGCAACACGUGCUCUUAAGAAAGGCACUACGUUUGAUUCUGUCAUAGCUAUGCUCAAGGGGGUUAUACCUGAGUUAUCUUGUCCAAUAGUUCUCUUCACAUACUACAACCCAAUUCUAAAGCGCGGAGUGCAGAACUUUCUGGCUAUCAUCAAACAAGCUGGUGUACAUGGUCUUGUAGUACCUGAUCUUCCUUUGGAAGAGACAACAUUGUUGAGGAACGAGGCCAUCAUGCAGGGCAUCGAGCUGGUGUUGCUUACAACGCCAACCACACCAAUAGAGAGGAUGAAGGAGAUUGCAAAAGCUUCGGAAGGAUUUAUUUAUCUUGUGAGUUCUGUUGGAGUUACAGGUGCACGGUCAAAUGUAAAUUUGCAUGUUGAGUACCUUCUUCAGGAGAUUAAGAAGGUUACAGACAAACCUGUUGCUGUUGGCUUUGGCAUAUCGACUCCAGAGCAUGUAAAGCAGAUUGCAGGCUGGGGAGCGGAUGGCGUGAUAAUUGGCAGUGCUAUUGUUAGACAGCUAGGAGAAGCUGCUUCACCUGAAGAAGGGUUGAAAAGAGUAGAAGAGUAUGCCAAGAGCAUGAAGGCUGCUAUGCCUUGAGAUGAGCUGUUUCAUGCCUCGAGCAUGAGCAAGCCAAUGACAAGGCAGUAUACCGUUCUCUCUCUCUGUUUUUUUUUUUUUUGGGUCUGGUUAAUUUGCGUAACAUUCAUAGUUCAUCCAGUUGUCGUGUAUGAUUCAUGAAUCAUGACUGUAUCUCAGUAUCUCACACCAGUUUUAUCCUUAGAACGUACAGAUGAAUGGAGAAGGUAGCUCAGAAACUGUCUUUCAGUAUCUCUCCACUUCUAUCCUUAGAACGUAGAUAUGAAUGAAGAAGGUAGAGUAUAGUUUAUAAACUGCCUGAACUCUGAAGCUUCGUCCCAGAAUUGCAUCUGUAGAGUAUAAUUCAUAAAUCAAAUCCAACGAUCAGUUAGCACUGAAUAUUUUUGCAGAACAUAUAAACAUUUUUUUGGGCAAGGAAAC